CUCUCUCUCAUUGUGGUGAGUAGCAGUAGCAGCAGCACUAGUUGUCUCAUGGAACUCAGUCAGGCAAAUGACCAUUCUCCUCUCUCCUCCUCUCUUCUCCUUCUCUCUACUCCUCUCUCCUCUUCUCUUCUCCUCCUCUCUCCUCUCUUCUUCUCCUGCUGUUUUCUCUCUGCUCAGAGGUAGUGGAAAAUAUAUUGCUCCUUUCUUCUCUUCUCCUCCUCUCUACUCGUCUCUCCUCCUCUCUUUUCCUCUCUCCUCUCGUCCCACCCUCUCACCCCUUGAGGUGGGGGUCAGCGGGGCUCUCUGUGUGUGAGGGAGGGGGGGGGUUCAGGAUGGAAGCGAUGGCUCUCUAUUCGUUCCGAGCCACGGAGGGUGAUGAGCUCAGUUUCAACAAGGGAAACAUACUUAAGGUCAUCAACAUGGAAGAUGAUCCUAACUGGUACACAGCGGAGCUCAACAACAAGAAAGGAUACGUACCUAAAAACUAUAUCAAUCUCAAACCACACGCGUGGUUCGCAGGCCGUAUAUCCAGGGGGGUUGCAGAGGGCAGAUUGAGGCAGAGAGACCGAGGAGCGUUCAUCGUGAGAGAGAGCGAGAGCGCUCCAGGAGAAUUCUCCAUGUCCGUCAGUUACGGGGACCAUGUGCAGCACUUCAAGGUGCUCCAGGACAGGUCAGGACAGUACUUUGUUUGGGAGGAGAUGUUCUUCUCUCUGAAUCAGAUGGUGGAGUUUUACCAUAGCAACAGCAUCGCCAAGGAGGGAACCGUCUUCCUACGAGACCCAGAACACCCUGCCAGGCACCCCCACCACGCCCAUGCUCUGUUUGACUUCACCCCCCACCACCCCUCCCAGCUACGCUUCCUCCGCGGUGAUUUCAUCGACCUGCUCGACUGUUCCGAUUCGCUGCGCUGGAGAGGCCGUUGUCAUGGACGCGUUGGAUUCUUCCCCCCGGAGUAUGUCCAGGCCGUCUACCAAUGACCCCGCCCCAUCUGCCCCGCCCCCAUCUACAACGGAACCCGCCCCAUCUACAACAGACCCCACCCCCAUCUGCCCCGCCCUCAUCUACAACGGACCCCACCCCCAUCCGCCCCACCCCGAUCUACAACGGAACCCGCCCCAUCUACAACGGACCCCACCCCUAUUUGCCCCGCCCCCAUCUACAACGGACCCCAACCCAUCUACAACGGACCCCAAUAACACAGCCCCAUCUACCAAUGACCCCGCCCCAUCUACAACGGACCCCACCCCCAUCUGCCCCCGCCAAUCUACCACUGCCCCGCUCCAUCUACCAAUGACCCCACCCCAUCUACAACGAACCCCCAGCCCCCAUCAACCACUGCCCCGCCCCAUCUACAACGAACCCCCAGCCCCCAUCAACCACUGCCCCGCCCCAUCUACCACUGGAGAGAGACAGCAACUGGAGAGAGACUGGAGAGAGACUGGAGAGAGACAGCAGCUGGAGAGAGACUGGCGAGAGACAGCAACUGGAGAGAGACUGGAGAGAGACAGGAGAGAGACUGGAGAGAGACAGCAGCUGGAGAGAGACUGGCGAGAGACAGCAACUGGAGAGAGACUGGAGAGAGACAGGAGAGAGACUGGAGAGAGACAGCAGCUGGAGAGAGAAUGGAGAGAGACAGCAACUGGAGAGAUACUGGAGAGGGACUGGAGAGAGACAGCAGCUGGAGAGAGACUGAAGAGAGAGAGCACUUGGAGAGAGACUGGAGAGAGACUGAGGAAAAAAUGUCAUCAGGGAGACAUGAGAGGACACAGAGACUGAGGAGCCUCCAGGAGACAGCCAUCUCACUGUGGAUAAGGACCAGAGACUGAGGAGCCUCCAGGAGACAGCCAUCUCACUGUGGAUAAGGACCAGAGACUGAGGAGCCUCCAGGAGACAGCCAUCUCACUGUGGAUAAGGACCAGAGCCUGAGGAGCCUCCAGGAGACAGCCAUCUCACUGUGGAUAAGGACCAGAGACUGAGGAGCCUCCAGGAGACAGCCAUCUCACUGUGGAUAAGGACCAGAGACUGAGGAGCCUCCAGGAGACAGCCAUCUCACUGUGGAUAAGGACCAAAGACUGAGGAGCCUCCAGGAGACAGCCAUCUCACUGUGGAUAAGGACCAGAGACUGAGGAGCCUCCAGGAGACAGCCAUCUCACUGUGGAUAAGGACCAGAGACCGAGGAGCCUCCAGGAGACAGCCAUCUCACUGUGGAUAAGGACCAGAGACUGAAACACAGACUCAGUGUGUGCAGUCUUUUCUCAUGCUCUGUCAGGACAACAACGUAACAGCAGUCUGUUCUCAUGCUCUGUCAGGACAACAACGUAACAGCAGUCUGUUCUCAUGCUCUGUCAGGACAACAACGUAACAGCAGUCUGCUCUCAUGCUCUGUCAGGACAACAGCGUAACAGCAGUCUGUUCUCAUGCUCUGUCAGGACAACACGUUAACAACGUAACAGCAGUCUGUUCUCAUGCUCUGUCAGGACAACAGCGUAACAGCAGUCUGCUCUCAUGCUCUGUCAGGACAACACGUUAACAACAUAACAGCAGUCUGUUCUCAUGCUCUGUCAGGACAACACGGGAACAACAGCAGUCUGUUCUCAUGCUCUGUCAGGACAACAGCGUAACAGCAGUCUGCUCUCAUGCUCUGUCAGGACAACAACGUAACAGCAGUCUGCUCUCAUGCUCUGUCAGGACAACAGCGUAACAGCAGUCUGUUCUCAUGCUCUGUCAGGACAACAGCGUAACAGCAGUCUGUUC